AUGAAUUAUGAAGAUAAUACGGAAUCUAAAAUUCCACAUAUGAGUUCUAUUUGGUUAGAUGAAGAUGAAGAUAGCGAAAAAUUGUAUAAUUUCCAAAGUGAAAAAUUUCUUCUGGCAGAUGAAGAAGAUAGAAGCUUAAAGAUAUACAUGGUGGAAAACAAUAAUGUUAAUAAAAGCAUUAGAACAGUCCCAGUAAGUCCAACAACUGAAAAUUCGCCAACUUUUCCCCCAGUUUCAAUUGAAACCAGUAAGAACCGUUUCUCGUCGUCAGAGAACGACAUACUAACUACAGAUACGAGUAGUAUAAGCAGGUCCAAUAGUACUAACUCGGUAUCUCGGAAUUUGACGUCUCUUCGAGGUAAAUUGUUAGGUAAAUUGAAAAAAAAAUGGAACAAUCGAACUCUAACUUCAGAAAUGAAGAAAGAAGUAAUAAGUACGCCAUUCCAUUUUCAACAUAUAUUCCAUGCAAACCUUGAUGCCCCUAUAGGAAAUAACUACGUACCUAAAAAAGAUAUGAUGAUAGAUACAGACAAUGGAUAUGAUGAGUUUACAGAAGCACCAAGUAAUGUCCAUAAUAAUUCCACUUUGUGUUGUCCAGAAUCACCAGAGAGUCCAGUAAUAUUUAGUAAAGCUUAUUGUACUGAAGAAAUCAAAAGUUUUGAGUUUGACAGAGAUUACCGCAGGAUUCGUAACUCCGAUACUACAAACAUUAGUUUUGAAAUGGAAAAUUGUUUAAAUUUUACAUCCUAUGAUACCACAGCAUAG